GUAUUACUUAAGCCAAUGGUCAAAGGUAAUGAAUUCAUUGAUUUCUUGUCUAUUAGAUAUAAAGUUCAUUCAAAGGGAAUCAAACAAAUCAGCGGACAUACUUGUCAACCAAGGCAUCGCAGCAAACUUAUCAUUGCGAGUUGUGACUAUACUUCUGUUGGAGAAAAAAUAGACAUUAAGGGUUUUCAGACAGAUCAGGCGAUGGCUUCAGGUUCAGAGAGAACUCUUCCUUGUCCAGAUUCGAGUAAAAUUACCUCGCCUGCCCUUAAAUUCGAUGCUUUGGAUUUCCCAGCCAUGAAGGCUAUGGAAGAUUUCGAGACUUGUGCGAGAGAACUUGGUGAGAAAAUGCGUGAGGAUCCUGCAUAUAUCCUGGAGCUUAGCAGAUGUAAUCCAGCCGCUAAGUUUGAUCAAGAACAGUUGAGCAACAUGGGGCAAAUGUUUCAGCGCCUUCAGGAUCACGCGCGACAGGAUCCUCGUGCGUCUUUCGAGAAUCUCGGGAAACCUGGAGCACUGGAGGAAUUUGCUGAGCGUGUUGCCCAAAUUAGAAAAGAUCCUGAAGUUGAACCCAUUCUAGCUGAGUUAGACGCUUGUCCUGCUGCUCUCUUGAAGUUUGUGGAUGACAAACAAGUGUUGAAAAAGCUUGGAAAAUCAAUGCUUAGGUCUCAGGGUCUGAACUAUGAUGAUGAAGAACUUGUCUCUGAGGGAAGAAAAGCCCUCAAGAUUGCUUUUGGGUAUGCCAAGAUGAAAUGCUUCAAAGUUCUUCUGGAUGCUGAAAGGAAAAUGGCCAAUAAGGUUGAGAGGAAAAAGAAGACAACAUCUCAUCAUGCUUCUACAAGUGGAAAGACGAAGCGUUCAAGCCGUCUCUCCAACAAGUGUGAUGCUGUCGCACCAAAAACCUCAGAGAAUCAAAUUCCGACCACUGAGCUGGAUAAUACCAGCUCCAGGUGUUGAAGCUGAUUCAGAUGGACCCUUGCGCUUAAGGGAUGGAUCUAGAGUACUAUUACUAGGAUUUGUUAAUUUCAUUUUUUAAACUGCUUUAUAUUUUUCUUAAAAACUUGACAAUCCUAGAAACUUAUUGGUGGUUAUUUCAUCAAGAGGUAGUGGAUUAGUGAGA